AUGGAUUCCAAUCCAUAUAGACAUAAUCCAAAUUUUGUUGAUCUUCUAAAUAGUCAACAAGAUGUGGCUUUUGGUUCCUAUGAAGAUAGUGUCGAGCUAUCUUCAAGCCAAGUUCCUUUUCUUCCCACUCAAGGUACAGCUGAUUCGAACUUCGUUGGAAACACUCCUCCUGACCGUAAGGAACGAAAGAAGUGGACGCCUUCGGAUGAUAUGUUGCUCAUUAGCUCGUGGUUAAACACGAGCAAGGAUGCAGUGGUUAACAAUGAGCAAAAAUUAGGCGCUUUCUGGUCAAGAGUAGCAGCGUAUUUUUCAGCGAGUCAGGUCUCUGGAGGCGAACAGAGAGAGGGAAAUAAUUGUAAGCAUCGAUGGCACAAGAUAAAUGAACAAGUUUGCAAGUUCUGUGGCGCCUAUGAAGCUGCAACAAGGGAGAGAAGUAGUGGCCAGAACGAGAAUGAUGUGGUGAAACGUGCGCAUGAAAUUUUUUUCAACAACUAUAAUAAGAGAUUUCUCCUUGAACAUGCUUGGAAGGAGCUGAGGAACGAUCAGAAGUGGUGUGAGCUUUCAUCUUCCAAAAACGCAGGAAGCUCAAAAAAAAGAAGGGUUGAUGAGGACGGGGCAGACGGUUCAAGCUCUCAACCAAGUGAAACAAUGCGUCCAGAGGGAGUUAAAGCCGCUAAGGCCCGUGGUAAGAAGACGGUGGUUGAGGAGAAUGCGCAGAAGGAGAAUGCGGCCAAGGAGUUUCAGUCUAUGUCGUCAUUAAAACAACAAGACUUGGUCUUGAAAGAUCGCUUGUCUAAGAACAUGCUUCUAGACAGUUUAAUUAACAAAACAGGACCUCUAGAUGAUGAAGAACAAGCCCUCAAGAAGAAGCUCAUCGGUGAUUUGAUGUGGAAAGAGUUCACGGGAGUGGAGCUGUUGUCAAUGACUGGUCACGAGAGUGGAGCUGUUUCUUGUCUUGUAGUGGUCACGAGAGUGGAAGCUUUCGUAGUGGUCAUGUUGUUUUCUAGUGGUCACGAGAGUGGAAGCUGGUCACGAGAGUGA